AUGCUUCAAGAUAAUCGAACCUUUAUCACUGAACUUUAUUUGGUUGGGUUUGGGGAUCUUCACAACUUCAAAAUUGUCUUGUUUGCCAUGAUUCUGAUUGUUUAUAUUAUGGCAUUAAUGAGUAAUGUUCUUGUGAUCAUCUUGGUUGCUACCUGCAAGAGUCUCCAUUCUCCUAUGUAUUUUUUUCUCACUCAGUUGUCCUUGUCUGAAGUCUUGUUCACCUCCAAUAUUGUUCCCAAUAUGCUAAGGCUCAUUUUGGUAGGAGGAGGGCCCAUGUCUGUAAAUGGCUGCAUCAGCCAGUUCUAUCUCUUAGGUGUCUCCACCAUUGCUCAAUGCUUGCUUUUGGCUGCCAUGUCUUUUGAUCGCUAUGUGGCUAUAUGUAGACCCCUUCACUAUACUUCUAUUUUGACUUCCAAACUGCAACUGCACAUUGUAAUAUUCUGUUGGACCUCUGGUUUCACAUUGGCCCUUCUCAUUAAUAUAUUCUUACGUAAACUGCAAUUCUGUCAUUCCAGCAUCAUUAACCAUUUCUAUUGUGACAUCGCUCCAGUGAUAGAACUCUCAUGCUCGGACACUUCCUCUGUGAAACUGGUCACUUCUCUUGUGUCUAUGCCUGUGGUUCUUUCACCUUUCAUGUUUAUUAUUGCUACUUAUAGCGCCAUAAUUUUUACCAUCCUCCGGAUUCCCUCAAACCGCGGGAGACAAAAAGCCUUCUCCACCUGCAGCUCUCAUUUGAUUGUUGUCUCCAUGUAUUAUGGCACAUUGACAACAAUAUAUAUAGUCCCAACUGGAGAACAUUCAGUGGAUGCAAAUAAGGUCCUCUCCUUGCUGUACUCUUCAGUCACUCCCUUGUUCAACCCCAUCAUUUAUACCUUGAGAAAUCAGGAUAUAAGAAGGGCCAUAGGCAAAUUUGUAAAUGAUUGUGCAUCAAAGAUUAUUGUGUAA